AUGACGUGGAACCGUCUCAGUGUUUUGCGUAGGCUUGUUAGCAGCCAUAUCUGUUCUACUUUCUUAAGAGAAAAUCAGGAGAUGGGAAAUGGAUAUAACCAUCAUCUUCACCACCAGAAUCUGCAGCUUAAUCACAAGGGAACUUUUUUGCCAAAGUUGUGCUCAAAGCCAUCCAUUAAAGAUGUGACCGUUCCAACAUGGCAUGACAGGUCUGCCUCCUUCUCUGAUGACCCUUUGUCUCCAAAGAUUAGUUGCAUGGGACAAGUCAAGAGGAACAACAGGAUUGUUGGGUUUCCUGCUUCUCACAAUAUCACCACCAGGAAUAGCUGCAACAAUAGUAGUAUCAAGUAUUUCAAGCUCAAGAAGCUGUUUUCUGGCAAGAAUCUAGCCAGCAGCCCUGCCACCACCAUCACAAAUACUACCACCAGUGGCAGAAGAAAAGAAGUGUUAGUAAAUGGUACAAGCAGGCCCAAGAAUGGUGAUGGAAAAGAGAAUUCUGCUUCAAUCAACAUUGAAAAUAUGGAUCCCCCUUUGCCUGUGAUCAAGAGAGUGCCUAAACAAGGUGAUAAAGGAAAUGGAGAUACUCUUUGGCAGAGGAGAUCAGGUGGGGUUACAUUGAAAAGCUUACAGCUUCAACAGAUUCAACCUAGCAAACAUCAAGAACCAACCACUUUUUGA